AUGAGUUCAGACAUAGCCGAGAUUGAAGAACCAAAGAUUUCUGGUAACUACUCUGCGAGAACUCAGCAUCGUUGGAUUCCAGCCAAGGAGGCUGCAGAGGGCGAAGCAGCCACAGAGGCGAGUGGAGACGGUAGUAUGGCAGGUGGAUCACCUCAAAAGGAUGUGGAUGAAAUUCAUCAUCGUAUAUCUAAGUUUCAUGUUUCUCCUGCACAGAUGUAUUCAACAGAAUCCGGUCGUAUGUUCCAUGCAGGUGCCAUUUGUAUUGUUAUGGUGGGAUUGCCGGCAAGAGGAAAGACCAACUUGUCUAUUGGUCUCUGUCGAUACUUACGCUGGUUGGGGGUGAGAGCAAAUCUCUUUCAUUUUGGAGACUAUCGACGAGAACAGACGAAGCAGGUUAAUUCCGACCUUUAUAAUCUCAAGCCGGCUGAUGAGGAUGCAUCUGGAGUGCGUGAGAAGCUUCGUGAGGUUGUUAUGGGCGAUAUGAUUAACUUUUUCAAGAAUGAAGGGGGUCAGGUGGCCAUUUUCGAUGGUGUGAAUGGAUUGAGCAAGGAAAGAGUAUCAUUGGCCGAUCAGAUGAAGCAGCAAAAUGUCAGGACGAUCUUUAUUGAGAGUCAAAUCGAUGAUGCCAAACUUCUGAAAUCCAAUAUUAACGAUGCUACAAGCUCUCCUGAUUACGAAAACUGGGACCAAAAGACUGCUGUUGAAGAUUAUGCGAAGCGAAUUGAAGAGGUUAGUAAAUUUUAUGAGCCAAUGUCAGAGAAGACAUUUACUUGGAUUAGAACUCAAAAUUUCGGUCGUACUAUGCUCAUAAAUCAGCUCAAGCAUGAUUUUCUUACCACGAAGAUCAUUUUCUACCUCAUAAACGUGAAGAUCAAAUCCGGAUCGGUCUAUUUUGCCCGUUGUUCAAACAACAAGCUAAGGUUUAAGAGUGAUCCAGCUUUGGAUGAGAAGGGACACAGUUACAUCAGCAAGCUUUACAAUGCAUUGUUAAGUCAUUUUAAAGAGAAGGGAAACAAGCAAGGGUUCCCUCAAGACCUGGAGGUGUGGACUUCUACUAGAUUGCGAACCAUCCAGGCUGCAGAGGUGUUCAGAGAAGCUGGAUUGAUGGUAAAGCCACGGCCAGACAUGACUCAGCUGAACCCUGGUGCUGCUGAAGGCCUGAGUGAAGAAGAGCUAAAGCAAAAGUAUCCUACUGAUUAUAAGCAGCACCAGUUAGAUCCUUAUCAUCAUCGAUAUCCGAGGGCCGAGAGUUACCAUGAUCUGGCACUGAAGUUGGAACCACUUAUUCUUGAAGCAGGUAGAGUGAACAAUGACGUUCUUAUUAUUGCUGAUGAGACAGUAAUUCGUGUGUUCUACGGUUAUUUGAUGGCAUCCUCUUCCACGGAUAUCUCAUCGAUGAGGUUCCCUCAAAAUGAGAUCAUUGAGAUUACAUACAAUGCAUACGCUAAUCAAGCACAUAGAAUUACCAUUCCUGGCGUAUUGUCUGAUUAG